CAAAGAUGCUCAAAAUAAGAGAUGGGUGACUUAAAUCAAUAUUCCAGUGGUGCAUAUGUUACAUGCAGGGUGUUAUUUAAAUGCAGAGAUUGUACUUGCUGAUUAAACCGUGGCAAUAGUUCUAGUCUAUGUCUUUGCGCUCUGCAGCGGACUUAUUGAGCUUUUUAUCUUGCCGUUUCUUUGCUUUAGACAUAAGCUGAUUGUAGUGUGUGUCUUUAGGUUUCUGUUUUUAAAAACCUACGGCGAUUGGCUCUGUUGUUUCCCUCUAGCUGUGAGCCGAGGGGGAUUUCUAUCUUGUCGUUUUCCUGUUGCUCAGGAUAUUACAUAAUAUGGCGGUAAGCUGUUGAUGUAGGUCAGAGCCAAAGCACCGGAUCUGUCGUUGUUUUUCACAAAAACAGGCUUGACGGUAAAGAUCUGUUGAUAGUAAUAGCUUUAUUUUACAAUGGGAAUCAGCAGGAUAUACAUUAGCAUAGGCUAUGCUAGCUUCGGUACUCUGGUUGGAUUUUCAGCCUUCCUGGUCUGGAAUAUCGCCUAUAAACAGCCAUGGACAGCUGCCAUGGGAGGCCUGUCUGGAGUUUUAGCGCUCUGGGUUCUUGUCACACACAUCAUGUACCUGCAGGACUACUGGCGCACCUGGCUCAAGGGCCUCAAAUUCUUCAUUGUUGUCGGUGUGCUCUUCUCAGUUCUGGCUGUGGCUGCCUUCUUUACCUUUCUAAGUCUGGCCAUCACACAGAAACAAUCUCUGACUGACCCGCGGACCCUCUACCUGUCCUGCGUUUGGAGCUUCCUGACACUCAAAUGGUCUUUCCUGUUGGCCUUGUAUUCUUAUAGAUACCGACAGGAGUUUGCUGAUAUCAGCAUCCUCAGUGAUUUUUAGCCAGAAUGAUUUUUAUAGACUUCAGUGAAGAUUGAAGGAUUUAGGAACGCCAGCUGGAGCUGGAUUUUGAACUUUGUAAAAGCAUGGAGAAAAAGCAGACGUGGCUGAUUGGAAGUCAUAUGACUUUUACCACACAGAGAUGCACUUGUUGCUCUCGCAUAACAAGCUCUUUUCUUCGUCUUGUAACCUGUUCACCCUCCUAACCACGAGUUACAGCUAAAGGUGAAUGCUUGUACUGACUGUAACAGUGCACUCCUGGAAGUGAAGGCAGUCUUUUUGCAGAGGAGAUUUUAUCUCUGGAUUGUUUUAUUAUAAAACAACUUGGAAGGAAAUCAACACCAUUAUGGUGCGUAAUUUGUAGUUUAACACAAAGAAAUUCUCUGAACCAAAACAAAAUACUCAACAUGAAACCACACAUCUGGUAGGUUGAUGAUGGCUUUUAAAGGUGCAUCUAAGAAAACAACAUUUUACUAGUUUAUCAUCCAUGGAUGUCAUGAAAGCAGAUUUUAGAUGUUGAUGCCAUUGAAGCUGAAUUAGAUUCCCUACAAAAAGAAAUAGUGAUUAGGUUUUGUCUUUUCUGUUAAAAUGAACAGUUACACAUGUAAUUAGUUUACAGUGGGGAAAAUAAGGAUGAAAUAUGUCAAAGUUUAUCUCCAGAAAUAUUUUUCUAAUGAGGCUUUUGACAUGAAAUAUACACCAGAUGUUGAUAACAAGCUAAGUGAUAAACGCAUACAAAUAAAUCAUUAAAAAAAUCAUUCCGUAAAUUGUAUGGUAUAAAGUGGAAUGGCACAGGGAAUAAGUAUUAAACAUGCUUACUGAAAUUUCUGUUUAGUACUUGGUAGAAAAGCCUUUUUAGUAAUGACAGCUUCCAAGUGUCUCCAGUAUAGGUCUGUUUUUUCCCCCCAGUUCUUGACUGAGCUGUUUUAGCUGCUUAAUUUUUUUCUAUGAAAACAACUGAGAGUUUCAAUGACUGUGUGAGAUCAUUGUCUUGCUUACAAAUCUGCCCCAAUUUCAUCUCAGAUUCUUAUCAAGGAUCUAUUCAUCCUUAAUCCAUAGAAAGUCUGCCUGUACCAUGUUAGGGAUAGGAAGUUAUACUGUUUAUUGAUAUCAAAAAAUGAUUAAUUAUUUAUCCUGUCUUAAUAAUUAUAAACUCUAAUUGAUUAGUAUUUUAUUUGGAUGCCCCAAUGCUUUGUGGUAAACUUAAAUAGGCUUCAAAAUUCUUUUUCUUCAGCAGUGGAGUUGUGUGGUGAGUUUUCAUUGAGCCCAAUGUGGUUUAGUGAAUUACUGUUUUGGAAAAAAAAAAAAAAACUAUUCAAGUCUGUCUGAUGCUCUCUGUGGCACUGAUAGUUGGUUCUGGCUUUCUCUGCCUUUUUACCCCUAAUUUUCUUUGAAUUUCCAAUGCUUACUGUGUCAUUCCACUUUAUGUGAAUUUCAUCUCAGUAGGUCUUUUAGAAAUAAACACUAUAUUGCCAAACGUAUUUGGCCUGCACAGAGUCCUGGCCUCAACCUUCUUGAAAACCUUUGGGAUGAAUUAGAGCAGAGGCUGCACUUCUGGUUUUGUCACCUAACUAUGAACACACUCCUAAACCUUGUGGAAGAUGUUUACAGAAUAUUUAAAGUUGCUAUUGCUGGCAACAGUAGGUCCAUCAACAAACUGGACUAGGAUGUCAUCAAAGUUCAUGUAUAUGUAAAGUAGACAGAUAAACAGUUUUGGCAAUAUAGUGUAUUUACUGGUAAAUAUGUGGACGUAUAGAGACCUUGUAGUAUGUUUUAUUUUUAGCUACAACUCUAAGCGGACCUGCUGCUGCAACUACUCAACAUCUUGUUACUAUCCAAGAUUCGGAGCUUCUACAGUACUUUUUUGAUUAUCUUGUUUCUUUUACACGUCUGCAUUAAUAUUCAGUCAGCUUCCUUGCAUAAUUUAAAAAAACACUUUUUGAAGUUUAGGUGCUCUGAUUUCAAGCUUUAUUUCUCUGACAAAUGUUAAUGUGAUCAGAUUACUAAUGCUAUUAAUAUGGAAGGAAAAAAAUUGUCUUCCGCCAUGCUACAAAAAUAAUUCUCAUGUAAAAUGUACUUUUCUCUAUUUGUUUCACAAGGGAGAGACUUGCUUUCAUAUAAACACUUUGUGAUACUCUUAACAUUCCUGUUUUGGAGAAAACAAAUGGAUUCGAUACAGAAUUGCACUUUAGUCGAUGAAAUCAAUGCCCUUGUUUUGCACACAGUUUGUCAAUUCUGUUUCACCCCUAAAAUAUCGUAGUAAACCACGUUUAUGUAACAUUUAAUUUUCUGUCAGUUUGAUUUCACUACUGAAGUUAAACUAGUCUUUGUCAUUUUUUUAGUUUCAGUUGUUGUUCAUGUCUACCUUUAAUUAUGAAACAUGUACAGUAAUUUUGUCAUUUAUAGCAUGUGAGAAUACUACAAACCAAACACAUUGAGGAUGCAUUUAUUGUUAUUUCUGUCAUGUAAAAUCAACAUUAAUAAAGCAAAGAUACAGCAUCA